AUGAAAAACUAUUCAAAUGCUCUUUCAUACUAUCAAACGUCACUAAAUAUUCAACAAAUAUCUUCUCAAGUGAUUGAUCCAGAAGUAGUAGCGAACUGUAAUAAUAUAGCCAAGACAUUUGAACGUCUUAAUCCGUGUCAAGAAGCUGUAGAAUAUGCACAACAAGCUGUUAAUAUGACUCGUCUUCUGUUCAGAUGUGAUCAUUCCGAAGUGAAAGAAAAUCAAGAAUAUCUUGAUAAACUUCGUCAAAAGCUGUAG